AUGGCACACGAUCAAAGGCCAUACACAGAUAUCGACAAAGAGAGAAGCUUAAUUUUAAGGCUGUCCGUGGGGUAAAUAAAAUUUUAUCUUUCAUUGACGUGGUUUCAGAAAAAAAAAAAGAACAACCGGAAUAAUGAAAAAAAAAAAAAGGCAGGUAGCCAAACACUCCGUAUUUUCCUUUCUUUUCUGAUUAGCAGCCGCACGAAUGCUACCCUUGGUUAGUUUUCGAAUAGAGUUGCAUAACACAUUGCAUACAUUUAUAGAUAUAAUUAUCUUAAUUUUAUUCUUAUCUUAACAUUGUCUUAUCUGGACGCGAAAGAAACCCAAAACCCAAGCAGGCGACAGGAAAUAAUCAGACAAAGCCACCUGAAUUCCUUUUAAUUAAAAUUCUUGAGGAAUGAAAAAAACUUGCUUUUUAUUGAUCAAACUAAUGACCCUAUACACUAGCAAAGCAAAAUCGUGCCGGUCUUUACAAAUUUUUGCAUGCAACAUUCCCCACUCAGGUAUUAUAGAUUUAACUGCAAAAUAUCUAAAAAAAAAAAAUCAAACUAGCGCCGAAAUAUACCAUUCAGCCUUUUCCCACAAAAAAACAACACUCCCGGUGCCCUUUUGCAAUCCAUUAAGCCAUUCAUAUUAGGCAAAUCACAUCAUAAUAUCAUUAAUCCAAAACAACAAAAACGUUUAAAAAGAAAGUAUAUAUAUAUAUAUAAGGUAUUCUCUCCUUGUACAGACUCCUCCUCUAUUGUAUUUUGGUAACUAUUUUGUCUUUCAUUUUACUUUUUUUUAAAGAUUGUUUUUCUCCUUUGGGAAUGGAAGAUGGAGGUAUCAGGGAUAUAGAUAUUCGUGCUACGUCUUCUUUGAAUGCAAGUGCUAGUGCUAUUCAUGGUAGACUGAAUCAUAUUGGAGGCUAUGGGGGGUGGUGCCCUGAUCAGCAGCCGUAUUAUAAUGGUACAGGUCCUAUCCAUAAGGAUUUUAUUCAAGUCGAAUUUCCCAGGCCCUUUCGAAUUAAAGGCAUAAUAACACAGCCCCGCGCUCGAGGUGUGGAAGGGAUUCGGAAGUUCUUGGUUUCGUACAGACAAGAUCAAGAAAACAAUGAAAAGUAUGCUUGGUUGUAUGAUGGAAGAUCACAAGUCAAGGUAAGUCAUUUCAAGGACCUUCAUAAGGAUGUUUUUCACGAGCAGCCUUAGCUCGCUAAUCAAUAACGAUACUUCUAUUCAUCGAUGCUCUUAAAGAACGAUACUUUCGCAACGGUCAAAUUUCAGAGAUUGCACGGAAAUUAACCUCUAAGAUCGAUGGAGUUCCUUCAGUCUUUAGUUGGAGUGGAUUUCUGAAGUAAUGCUAUUGCCACGGAUAUCAAACUGUUUUCUCAUCGGUGAUUUUGCGACUAAUUUUCAGGACCGGAGUCGGUGAUCUUUCCAUGUGUUCGACAUUUUAGCGUGACAACGACUAGGGCGCUUUCCAUUCGACCAAAAUUUUCGAGAUUUCCGGUCUGAAAUCGAAUGGAACGGGAAAAGUUCCGGUUUAAGUUUUCGAAAAUUUAGGAAUACGUUUUGAGUGUGCCCUCUGGAUGGGAUGGAAUUAUCGGAACGUGUGUAUUCCAUUCGCGACAGAUGUCGGUUUUAGUCUUCCUGUCGAACCUGAGUUCAAGUGGAUGAAUGGGAACAACAACAACUCGCACGUUUCCCUAGUCAUCCGGAAGUGGUUCUCAUACUUCCCCGACAAAUAGACAGGAAUUGUAACUUCGAAGAACCCAUCAACGUGAUUGAAUGUUCUCCGCAUAAAGCAGGCAAUUGCAGCCAGAAGUAUUGGAAUGUCGUUGCUGUCGAGAAUGGUACAGCUCAUCAUCCCAGAGUAAAUGUUUGAAAAGCCCGCCAUUUUGAAACACAACAAAGUCCGCCCAACAUUCCCUGUCACCUCAAAAUAUGGGAUGCGUUCCAUUCGACCACAGGCAGCCCAAGCUUCAGCUGUGAGAUAAUCAUCUUGCGCAAUAUCAGUCACGACGGAAUUAUAAGAGUUUGUAUGGGAAUAUUUAUGACCGCUCUAAGGAAUAAAAAAAUACGUCAAAUUCUCAAUAAAAAUACCUCACCUUACUUCCACAGCAUAUCACUUGUUAUCUGACCGCUUACGUUGAUAAAAAGAACCCAUUUUAGCGAGUUCUCCAUUUCGAGGUUUUCUUGUUACGUACGUAGAAAACGAAAAUUCCGAACAUUUUGAACCGGUGAUUUUCGUUGAAUGGAAAGCGCCCUUUCCUAACAGCUGACUCGAAUGAGUAGUUGGUCACAUGAGACGAUCAAUCUCUUGCCUCCCCUGUUAUUUGCAAGUACCGUGGUAAUAUUAAGGUCUUGACUAGCGUUUUUUGGCUUUUUUUAAUGUUUUUUCGUUUGUUCUUUUAUCUUGUUUGUUGCUUAUUUGAUUUUUGCAGUUUAAAGGCACACAGUGUCUUUGCUACUUUGUCCCAGUGAUUAGGUUAACCAUUUUAUAUUUUCAUAUUUCAGAAAGCAAGGUUGAGAGGAACAGGUUUUUUCCGAGAACAAAAAUAAUAGCAAAUUUCAAAUCAAAUUGAUAGUAUCGCGUUUCAUGACGAGCUUGAAUCCUUUUAUGCAAAUGACUCUAGGCGAGCUUCUAUCUCCGCUUAAGCUCAUUUGCAUAGUAACCAGAUACUUCACACAGGUGACCUCCGAAUGAUAAACCAGCGAGGUGUGAAUUAGUUACACGGAUGCGUCUUUCUCCGGAGGCGUCAAUCAAUUGUGCAUUUAUUUAUACAGCCUAUCAGGAAUGUGCAGAAUCGCCUAAAAGUAUUUUUAACCUUUGGCAUUUUAAAACUCGCGUUCAAAUUAAGAACUUCUUUUCAGAGUACCCUCGUGUAAGCACCAGGUGAAAUGGAUUCACACCGAAAUACGGGUAUUCUAAGCACCCAAGCAUCUCGAUUGUUUCAGGUAAUGAACCUUUGGCAUUUCAAAACUCGCGUUCAACUAAAAAACUUCUUUUCAGAGUACCCUUGUGAACACCAGGUGAAACGGAUUCACACCGAAAUACGGGUAUUCUAAGCACCCAAGCAUCUUGGUUGUUUACGGGUAGCGAAAUGCGGCAUUCCAAGCAGCGAGAUUUAUCGCCCGUCAUCUUAUGGCUCCAGACAGAAAUCAUCAGGCACACAACCAUACCUUAACGCCAAAUUGGUCAGGCCGGCGAAUAGAAUUUCUUUCUCGCGAAGUAAUACACAAUUAAGACCUUACAUUCAAGAAAGAACGAUAACCCCUUUUUGCCGAUAACUCAGAAUACACUCAUACCUGCGCACGGAAAUUUGGCGGGAUUAAGUUCCAGCGCUUAACUGAUGUCUGGGACGUAACUGAUUUGAAAUUUCAUACUUAAAGAGCUCCUUAGUAUAGACGCAAGAAAUGUGGUAUCAAAAUAUCAACCUAAUCGUUUCAAGCGUUAAAUGAUACUCCUGUAUCUCCAGAACAUAGUGCAGUCAAAAUCUCUCUCGAAAACAAGGUCCUCCCCGAGCAGCACACUUGAGGGAAAAGACCAUAUCUACGCGUGCCGAUGUAUUAUUCUCUGACAUGGUUUGAUGCUACUCUGGUUUACAGAUUUAAUGAAUGUAACCGAAGAAGUUAAAAUUCAGAGACUCAACCUUUCGACACUUUGGGGCAUAUUUUCGCCAAACUUAAGGAUCCUGUCGAAUCGACGCCAUUUAUUCUAUUCCUUGCGAUGACAUCGGACAGACAAACGUCAGUUUGGAAUUGAAAGAACAUCGGACGAAUACAGCUUUUCGGAGCACACAUGCCAUACAAUUGGGUCGAUAAUUCUAAAUUAUCACCACCAAUCGGCAUUACCACCAGUGCCUUUGUUUGGAAGCUUGGCAUAUAAAAAAAAGGACGAGCUAAUUAGUGAUCAUAUAAAAGGACCUCUUGUUGCAGCGUUUAGAUCACCCCUGAUGAAUGCACAAGACAGGAGUGUCGAAACGUUUGGUCUAUGAAUUGUAACUUCUUCGGUUACAUUCAUUAAAUCUGUAAACCAGAGUAGCAUCAAACCAUGUCUGAUUGUCCACCUGGUUGCCGCGUGAACUUUAAUAUAAUGUAUUAUUCUCUAUGUAAUAAAAUGAGUUUAUAAUAUGAAUUGGCGUCCGUAACGAAAUUUUAAAGCUGACGUUUCGAGCGUUGGCCCUUCGUUAGAGCGAAUCCUUUCAGAACAACAACAGAACACUUUACUACCUACCGUGAAAAUUAUGAAACAAGGCUUUUAUCGAAUCGCGUGUAAGGUUUCAGAAAUAAUAAAUAUCGCUUGAGGAAUAUCACCGGAUAUUUCCCGGUGUAACUGAGACCUCGUGGGUCUCGAGAUGUAUUUACAAAAAAUUGAAUGGUGAGCAAGCGAAAAUGUUUUAUGGCUUAUAGUUUUGCUAACAUCAUGCACUGUUGUUGUAUAUGUCUCAGUUCUUUCAAGGAAAUAGCCUGUCGGAGUUGAAACCUCCACUUGUAGCAGACCGAAUAAGAAUUAUACCUGAAAUAUCUCCUCGCAGACAGGUGUGCCUCAGGUUUGAGCUUCUUGGCUGUCAAAUUGAAGGCGGUAAGCUUUUUACUUCCAUUAAAUAAAAAUCAUAUAAAUGAUUUAUACAAUGUUGUUUCUACAGAAUAUCCAACAGCGCUUUAUAAGACUUGAAAUUGAAUAAUGAGAUAUAUGUUACAUGACAUCAUAACUUCUAUAGAGGAAAGGUAUCUACCAAGUAUCAAUUGCUUGAGGCAAGCCAUCUGAUAUUCAAUAGAAAUUUUCUUGCAUUAACGUGAUUCAUCAGACAAAAAAUGUUAUGAAAUAAUUUUUAAAACUCUCCUUGAACGUUCCUCACCAAUGUCGGUUUGGAAAACUACAACAAAAAAAAAGAACAGGUCACUGUACCUGCUUUAGUGGUAUGGUGGAUAAUCUUAUUGUAUUUAUUCAUGGUUUUGUGUCUAUUCUGGUUUAAAGAUUUAAUGGUUUAAAAUUUAACUGAGAAGUUACAAUUCAUUGACUACACAUUUUCGACACUCCUGUCUGGUGCCUUCAUCAGGGGUGAUGAGGGCACCGGACAGGAAUGUCGAAACGUUGGGUCUAUGAAUUGUAACUUCUCAGUUACAUCCAUUAAAUCUUUAAACCAGACUAGCAUCAAACCAUGUCUGAUUGUCCACCUGGUUGGCAUGUGAACUUUAAUAUGUCUAUAUAUGUUAUUCACUAGGAACAAAUUAUCACGAGUUUAUCACGAAAUCUCAUUUCCUGAAUAGUUACUGUCAUUGUUAAAUGAAAUCCUAACAUGACAUUUCCACUUAUUACUUAAUUAGCGAUUGUCACGUACGAGAUGCUUCAAGGUAACUCCCUGGACGGGAGAUACAACUUCACUGAUUCAAGCUAUGAUGGUUUGACUGAAGGCCGCUUUCUAUUCUCUGGAUUGGGAAUGCUUACUGAUGGACGAUUGGCCAGUGAAAAUCUUACAGUAAAUAAUGGAUUGGGUUGGAUUGGCUGGAAUAUGAAAGAGACCCCUAAACCUUACAUAAUAUUUGAUUUUUUGAACAAAAGAAUCUUCACUUCAGCUACUUUCCAUUGUAACGUCAAAGACCAGACACACAUCAAGUUGUUUUCCAGAGUUGAAAUGAGGUUUGAUAAGACAAUGUCAAAAGGUUCUCCACCUGAUCUCAUGCAAGAACUCAAGGAAAUUUCCAUUCCAUCAUCAUCACCAUCGAUAAACCGCAAUGUUACAGUUGACCUGUGCCGCCGUGUAGGGAAGUCUGUAAGGUUCAAUUUUACCUACAGAGGACAAUGGAUAUUAAUCAGCGAAGUUAUCUUCAACUCAGGUAACUUAAAAGAGCUCUAA